AGACGUAUGAAGGAAAUAGCAAUCCUUAGAGGAGACCUGCGAAGGCUGAGGAAGGUAUUUCGUGAAGCUCCAGCAAAUGAGAAACCAGCGCUCUCAGAGAUUCGUGAUAACUUGAGGGAGCGCAUUAAGACUUUGCGCAGAGCUGAGUGUCAUCGCAGGGACAGGCGGAAACGAAUGAAAGCACAGACAGAGUUUAUCAAGAACCCUUUCAGAUACUUGUCAAAUAUUCUGGGUGAUGUAAGAUCAGGGCAGCUGGAAGCAACAAAGGAGGAGGUGGAAGAUCAUCUCCGGCAGGCACAUAGUGAUCCUAGAAGGGAGAAAGGUUUGGGGGAGAUGGAGAAACUUCUAAAACCAACAGCACCAAGUAUCCUCUUUAGAUCUGAGGAACCAAGCUGGCAGGAGGUAAAUACAUUUCUAAGGAAGGCUAGAGCAAAAUCAGCUCCAGGGCCGAAUGGCAUUCCAUACAAGGUGUAUAAAUGUUGCGAAAGGCUGAGGAGACGACUGUGGAAGCUACUGAGAGUGGCAUGGAAGAAGGACUUUCUAGCAGAUAGUUGGCUAGUGGCUGAGGGAUGUUUCAUUCCUAAGGAAGGAAAUUCCUCAGGAAUCAAGCAAUUUCGAACGAUCUCACUUCUUAAUGUUGAAGGCAAGAUUUUUCUUGGGAUUCUAGCAAAGAGAUUGACAUCUUUCAUGAUGGACAACGGAUACAUGGAUACAUCGGUCCAAAAGGGAGGAGUUCCAGGCGUUUCAGGCUGCCUUGAGCACACCAGCGUAGUCACCAAGAUUAUUGAAGACGCUAAAAAGAACAGGGGUGAUCUGGCAGUUUUGUGGCUGGAUUUAACAAACGCAUAUGGAACGAUACCUCAUAAGCUGGUGGACUUGACGCUGGAGACCUACCAUGUCCCAGAACGAUUCCGGAAGCUCUUGCAGUGCUAUUAUGGCAAAUUCCACAUUCGAUUCACCUGUAGGGAUUUUACCACAGAGUGGCAGAGACUAGAGGUGGGCAUUGUCACUGGAUGCACAAUUUCAGUGAUCUUGUUUUCAGCAGCAAUUAAUCUUCUUGUUAAGUCAGCAGAGAAAUUGCGGCGUGGGGCAAUCUUGGCAAAUGGCAAACAGCAGGUACCUAUAAGAGCAUUUAUGGACGACCUCACCAUCAUGGCAAAAUCAGUACCUGAAGGGAGAUGGAUUCUAGAGGAUCUAGUGGAACUCACUGAUUGGGCAAGGAUGGAGUUUAAACCUGAGAAGUCCAGGAGCCUGGUAUUGAGGAGGGGAUGCAUUCAGGACCGGUUUCGGUUCAGAAUAAAAGGUACCACCAUCCCAACAGUCAGAGAGAAACCAGUUAAGAGUUUGGGGAAGUGGUAUAGGGCAGACCUUAAUGAUAAGGAAAGCGUGAGGCAAAUGAGUGUCCAAGUAGAUACCUGGAUGACAUCUUUAGAGAAGAGUGGCCUACCUGGAAAAUAUAAGGCCUGGGGUUACCAGCAUGGAGUACUUCCUAGACUGCUCUGGCCGCUGCUUGUUUAUGAGGUGCCUGUCUCUACAGUGGAAGGACUGGAGAGGAAGAUGAACACCUAUCUACGACGGUGGUUGGGUGUGCCAAGAAGCUUCUGCUCCAUUGGUUUAUACAGCACAGGCAGCAAGCUACAGCUACCACUGACAUCAGUCCUGGAAGAGUAUAAAGUAACGAAAACUCGGCAGGCCAUAAUGUUGCGAGACAGUCAGGAUGAAAAAGUCCGCCAGGCAGACCUUGUGGUUGGGGCAGGCCGCAAAUGGUCAGCUAAUAAAGCAGUAAGGGAUGCCGAGGAACGACUGCAGCAUGCAGAUAUUGUGGGGACAGUAGCGCAGGGAAGGCUUGGAUUGGGCUGCUUCACUAGUGCGAGCUGGAACAAAGCGGACCCAAAGGAACGCCGCUGGCUAAUACAAAGAGAGGUCCGCAAAGCAGAGGAGGAAACUCGGCAAGUUAAAGCUGUGGGCAUGAAAAAGCAGGGCAGCUGGACAAGAUGGGAGGGCGUAAGAGAAAGGGCCCUGACAUGGCAAGAUAUUUGGAGCAUGGAAGGACAACGCAUAAAGUUCCUGCUGUGUUCAGUCUAUGAUGUUCUUCCGACUCCAUCAAACCUUCAUAUCUGGGGGAUGGUAGAGAGACCAAGCUGCUCACUAUGUGGAAAGCAGGCAAAUCUUGAGCAUGUCCUAUCAGCAUGCCAGUCAAGUUUGGCAGACGGGAAAUUCCGGUGGAGGCAUGACAAAAUCCUCUCUCAGUUGGCGGAUGGAUUGGAGCAGGCAAGGAAGAAGGUGAAACAGCAUUCUGAUGGGCAGUGCUUUAUUCAGUUUAUUAGGUCAGGAGAGAGCAUUGCAGCAGGACGAAGGAGAGGAGGUGUUCUGGCCUCAGCAAAGGAUUGGGAAAUGCGAGCAGACCUUAAAAAGCAGCUUAAAUACCCAGAGGAAAUAGCACAGACUAGCCUCAGACCAGAUAUUGUCCUAUGGUCUAGAGGCACCAAACAGGUGGUGCUUAUAGAACUUACGAUACCCUGGGAGGAAAGAAUGGAGGAGGCCCAUGAACGUAAGCUCAAGAAAUAUCAAAGUCUGAUACUUGAGAGCCAAGAGAAUGGAUGGAGAGCCUGGAAUUUACCAGUAGAGGUGGGUUGUAGGGGGUUUGCGGGGCAGUCACUCUGGAGAGCCCUCGGAUGGCUGGGAAUUGAAGGAAUGGCCAGGAAACGCCUUGUAGGGAAGGUUACUAAAGAGGCAGAAGUAACAUCUCGCUGGAUUUGGCUACAAAGGGAGGUUCAGUGGGAAAGCCAACCAGUUGAACGACAAACCAUAACAUAGAG